AUGAAUGCGGUGGAAUGCGGAAGACGCCCUCUGGCGGAAAUGCCACUCGGACAGGAGAGAAACUCAAAAAUCAUCGGAGGAGAAAAAACCACGCCCGGGGAAUUUCCUUUCCUAGUAUCCCUGAAAUACGGCGGGGUUCGACAUUUCUGCGGGGGAUCCUUGAUCAGUGCCCAGUGGAUCCUAACAGCAGCUCAUUGCGUCUCCGGCCCAGCAGCAGAAUUCCUGAGCGUAGUGCUGGGAGAGUACGACAUGCAAAAUGACACGGAAGGGGAAUCCAUAAUCAAGAUAGAGAAGGUGUUCAGACACGAGGAAUUCCAGUUCUCCACCCUGAAUAACGACAUCGCUCUGGUCAGACUGCGGAAACCCGUCAAUUACACAGACAGAAUUCAGCCUGUUUGCGUCAUUGAGGAUGAUGAAGUGACAUACCUCAUAGGGCGCCUAGAAUCGUCGCCGGAUGGGGACGAACUGAGGAAGGUUGGUGACAGCGGUGGCCCGUUAUUCGCACCUGGCCCAGACGGACGGGUCAUCCAACAAGGCAUCGUAUCAUCCGGGAUCGGAUGUGGCCGACGAGGCAAACCGGGCGUUUACACCAAACUCACAGCUCAUCUCCACUGGAUCGUGAAAACCAUUCGCACUUACGAACAAUCUCUCAUCACAGAACAACCGCCUCCUUGA